GCCAUAAAGGUCAAUGGGUUCAUCUUUCUCUCUGGCCAGAUUCCUGCCACUCCUGAAGGACAGUUGGUUGAAGGCACUAUUGCAGAGAAGACACACAGGAUGUGCCAGAAUGCCAAGGCCGUACUGAGAGCAGCUGGAUCCAGCCUUGACAAGGUCGUCAAAGUUCAUGUUUAUUUCCAUAACAUGGAUGAUUUUAUGGAGUUGAAUGCCGUGUAUGCCGAGUACUUCCCCCAUAAACCUGCUCGAAGCGCUUCUGAAGCCUCUAAGCUUCCAGCGGGCGUCAGUUUCAUGUUGGACAUUAUUGCACUACAGUAG